CUGAACUGGCUCAGAAAACAAGAUCAGCAACAAAUAGAUUUUGAGCAAUUCGGUGGAGUAUGGCACUUUUUCAAAUUUUCUAAACUUCUGGCCAAAACUGAACAACAAACACUCGAUUAUUUUUCGUAAAGCACCGCUGGUAGGCCGGAUCCAGGGAGAAGGAUUUAUUCUCUUUCUGCAUUCCCAAUGGAGUCAUUCAGAGUCAGCCAGCCUGCCCGCUCUUCCAGACCUCACAAUGGAGGGGGCUCCUAUGGCCUCAGCAUCAGAGUCCAGGGGAUUGAUGGACACCCAUAUGUGGUGCUGAACAACCAGGACUGUGGGUCUCAAUCCUCCUAUACUGAUCCUAACAGUAAUGGCUACAUAGACACAGAGGGUUCUUUUAUUGACAACUAUCAUGAGUAUGAUUUCAAAGAAAGUAGGGAGGCUGUCUCUGACAGCCCAUUUGUUGAGUACCGGUCCCAGAAACAGAUGCAGUUUGGGGGUUCUCACAAUGUAGGCCCGGAGCAGGGGAGGAAGCCAGUCUCCACCCUACUGAACUUUCAGAGACAUCCAGAGAUCCUGAAGCCGUAUGACCCAGAGAACAACACCUUGAACCUGGAUGUCUACCACAGCCUAUCUCCCCGGCCUAUGUCACUUGCGGAGACUGGGAACCCCUACCAGAGCUCCUCUCCUAGAUCCUUAUCACCAGUAGAUGUCCAUGCCACGUCCUCUAGUCUGGAUCAAAGGAGUCCUGCCCUGCAGGAGACAACAGAGCCCCAGCCAGUCCCCUCUAAGCCUCAAACCAAAUUAGUCCAUUCACAAUCAACGUCUCAAGCCCAGCUGGCUCAACCACAGUCCAGGCCUCAGACCCAGGUUGCCCAGCCUCAAUCCAAACCCCAGACUCAACCUCCCCCCAAACGCCUGCCACAAUAUCAGCCUUCUUUCAAACCCCAGGCUCAGCCUCUGUCCAAACCAAAUUCCCAGUCUCUGCCUACAUCCAAACCCCCAACUCAACCUCCCUCCAAAGCCCAGACUCAGCCUCCGUCCAAACCCCAGACUCAACCUCCCUCCAAAGCCCAGACUCAGCCUCCGUCCAAACCCCAGACUCAGCCUCCGUCCAAACCCCAGACUCAGCCUCCGUCCAAACCCCAGAAUCAGCCUCAGUCCAAACCUCAGCCCCAGUCUCAGCCACUCUCCAAAUCCCAGCCUCAGCCUCUAUUUAAACCCAAGUCCCAGGCUCUGCCGCAGUCCAAACAUCUGUCUCCACCCCAGCCCCAGCCUCCCCAACGCAUCCCCAUACCCCAGCCCUCCACUGUGUCCAGCCCUGCUAGUGAUCAGACCAAGGCUUUCUGCCAGUCCCCCAGCUCAAUAAGCAGUGCCAACUCUAGUCUGGAGCGCAGCCGCCGUGAGCCAGACGUCCUGCCCUUGCGCAGAGUGGACUCCAGCGGCCCUGUGCUGCAGUCUUCAUCCCGCUCCCGCCACUCCUCUGCCUCAUCUGCCGACCAGCUGGAGGCCCUGUACGCUGAUACCAUCAACCGCCACCAGAACAGACGCUACAUCCCCUUUCAGCCUGGCACUGGACGAGACAUCGACACAGGCUCCAUUCCCGGAGUGGACAAGCUUAUUGUCAAGUUUGACGGUAAAGAUGGUGGUCACCAGCGACGGGGCAGGGCAGGCCGCCGGAACAGGAUCAACCCAGAAGACAGGAAGCGAUCUAGGAGUGUGGACAGCGCUCUGCCCUUUGGCCUCUGUGGGGAGUCGGAAUACCUGGAAGAGUUCAGCAAGAAUCAGGGGAGGACCACGGAGCACGUCCUCCGACCCUCGCAGCUGCGUCUGCAGAAGGUUUCCGGGAGUACAGACUCCUGGGUUUCAGCAGUGGAGGGUAAGCCAGGUGCCAGAGGUACUGCCCGGGGUAGCAGUGCUCCAGGCUCCCCUCAGAGCAUGGCCUCUAAAGGCUGCUUCCAGGGGUAUAAAGCAGCGUUAAAUCGCUCCUCUACACUACCCCUAGACAGUACAGAUGCUGAGAGUGGACAAUCUUUACCAAGCACAAAGGUUUUAAAAAGUGUGUCUACAACCACUUUAUCCAAGCCGUCCUCUAAUGUGGGCAAGAAACCUGGUGCUGAGAUGGAUGUGCAGGCGACACCUGAUCUUCUGAAAGGUCAACAGGAGCUUUCACAACAAACACACGAGGAGACGGCAAAACAGAUUUUGUUCAGUUACCUGAAGGAUGGGAGCACUGAUAACGACGACACCACCAAGAGGAAGGUGAACUUGGUGUUUGAGAAGAUCCAGACGUUGAAGUCGCGGGCAGCGGGGAGCGAUAACAAAUCUCCUGACAUACCUGGCCAAGCCAAAGCCCUACAGGAGCAAAGGGAUGAGCUGGAGAAAGAAGUUGUUGAACUGAGAAAGCAACUUGAGGAGCGAACCAGGGAGCGGAUGGGUCUGAGUGAGGCCAAUGAGAAGGCUGGAGCAGGCGUGAAACAGCUGCAGACAGACCUGGAGAGAUGCCAAGAGGAAUGCUCCCGACUGAGGGACAAACUAACCAAAGCAGAGGCUGAACUCCGCACCACGCUGGAGGAGCUGUUCCAGGUGAAGAUGGAGAGGGAGCAGUGUCAGACGGAGAUCAGGGACCUGCAGGAUCAGCUGUCAGAGAUGCACGACGAGCUGGAUGGCGCCAAGACCGCCGCCGCUGACGGAGAAAAGGAUGCCAUGAUGGAGGACCUGAUGCAGCUGAAACAGGAUUUACAGGAGGUUAUGUUAGCCAAGGAGGAGCAGGAGGAGAUGCUCAAGAGGAGGGAGAGAGAGCUGACUGCCCUGAAGGGAGCUCUGAAGGAGGAGGUGGCCACACACGACCAGGAGGUGGAUAAAUUGAGGGAGCAGUACGAGAAGGAGAUCCAUAAGCUGCAGACGUCUGUAGCAGAGGCCAAGCAGGUGAGUGCUGCAGUGAGCAAGGAGAUAGCCCAGGUGGAGGCAGCCAAGGGAGCAGUGGAGGGCCAGACGGGACGUCUUAACCAAGAGGUGGAGAAGCUGCGAAAGCGGUCACAAGAGCUGGAGAAUGAAGUGGCUAAACUCAACCGUAUCAUUGACGAUGCCAAGCUACAAGAGAGCAGGCUGGGAGACAGGGUGGGCCGGCUUGAGAGAGAGAAGAGGCAGCUGGAAGAGUCUUUGGCAGAAAUUAAAGAGCAGGAAGAGGAGAUGUCACGUGCCAACCGUGCUCUGACCACACGGUUAGAGGAUGUACAGAGGAACUUGAGCAGGUUGAAUCAUGAGCACAGAGAGCUGGAGGAGAGGCUGAAGGAAGAGAGGUGUCAAAAGGAACAGUUCAAGAACACGAAGAAUGAGAUUGAGGACGAGCGGAGGCUGCUGGAUCGCACAGUGGAGAAACUACAGAGGGAGAUGAGUGAGAUUGUGGAGGCGUCUCAGUCGUCCACCCAGGAGCUUCAGGAGCAGAUAGACGCGUACAAGGAAAAGAACCGUCGGGAGCUGGCUGAUCUUCAGAGGCAGCUGAGGGAGCGUGGUCUGGAGCUGGAGAGAUCCUGCCUGGCUGCGAAGUCCCUGCAGGAAGAGCUGAGCCACGUGGAGGAGGACCUGAGGGCGUGUAAGAAGGAGAGAGAUGAUGCCGUGCUCUCAGUGAAGGCCCUGGAGCAGAAAGUCUAUGACCUGGAGGUGGAGGCAGAAACUAAAGCCCACACCAAAGAUGACAAAAUACGCCAGGUCAAACUUAUGGAGGAGAGGAUCAACCAGCUGGAGCUGGAUCUGGAUGAGGAGAGACAAAAUGGAGACCUGCUGAUGGACAGGAUCGACAGAGGCAGAGAACAAGUGGAGCAGAUGAGGAAUGAACUCCUGCAGGAAAGAGCUGGCAGGCAGGACCUGGAGUGUGACAAGAUGACACUGGAGAGACAGAACAAGGACCUGAAGAGCAGGAUAGCCCAUCUGGAGGGCUCCCAGAAGUCUAACAAGGAGGGGCUGGUGAGCCAACUGGAAAGCAGGAUCCAGGAGCUGGAGGAGAGGCUGGAGGGAGAGGAGAGGGAACGUGCCAACCUACAGCUGGUAAACCGCAGGCUGGAGAGGAAGGUGAAGGAGAUGAUGAUGCAAGUUGAUGAAGAGCACCACUCACUGCAGGAUCAGAAGGACCAGCUAAACUUGCGUCUGAAGGCUCUGAAGAGACAGAUGGAUGAGGCGGAGGAGGAGAUUGACCGGCUGGAACAUGGCAAGAAGAAGCUGCAGAGAGACCUGGACGAACAGCAGGAGGCCAACGAGCAACUUCAGAGCCAGCUCAAAGUCCUGCGCAGCGAGAUGAGGCGUAAGACCAACUCUGCUCCUCUGCUCAACAACAUGGACGAUGAUGAGGAUGAGGACGACAUAAGUACGGAUGGAGAGACAUACUUCAGCUCUUCAUCUGGAUACAAACGCUCCUCCAGCCAAGACAAUGUCAUAUCAACGUUUUCUUUGUGAACCAACACAAUCAAGAGACUGCUACUGAAGGCAGCGAUGCCCUUCACGCAAACAGAACAACGGAGCAUUGUAUACAGUCCGGUCCAACAUUUUAGUUACACAAAGGAAGUAGAACUAUGUGUGAAAGCCCCAUCUGAAGUGUAUAACAGCCAGUCCUGGAGCAAUUGUAGGACCCUCUAUUCAGAGGCUACUUUCUCGUCACUAUGGAAUAUUUUAUGGUCACAAUGGGAAACUAGCCAAUAGCAUAGUGAUAAUGGGACCAUGCGUUACAAGCUUUUUUCCUUUUAUUUCACAGUGUAUAGAUUGUCAUAGAAUAAUUACAUAAUGACAAUUAAUUACAUGGUCUUUGAAAAGAUUUAUUAGAAUUUCACAAUAGUUGAAUUAUCGGUAGGGUUUCUUAGUUAAUCGCUGCAUGUGUCGUAUUAUGUCUUAUGUAUUAUCCAGCAUUGACUUUCAGAGUAUUCACCUUGUCAUCCACUGUACAUGACAGCAUUCAGUAACCUCUAAUGCCUUGCUGAAAUAUGUUUUAAUCCCUCACUAGAUUGUAUAUCAUUAAUCAAAUGUUAAGCCGCUUAUCAGGUAUAAUACAAACUUUUGUAAUGAAGUCACUGUUUUUUUCAUAUAAAUCUAGUGCAGAGUGCAAGGCCUUAUAUGAAAUCAUAUACACAUUUUAAAGUGAAAUAUUUGCUAUUUAUUUACUUUUGAGUAUAUGAAGGAAUGGCUGAAUGACAGGUAAUAUGUUUUUAGGGAAACUUAUAAGGGAUUCUUCAUACACUUUCCUUUUUCUUUUUUUUUAAGCUUAGUGAAUAACAGUUUGAUAGUGUGGUCUAAAGAAAACCUUUGUUUAAUCACAGAGAUGUGACCAGGGAGUUAUGGCAGUAUUCAACCCUGCUUUUUUUUUAUAUACUAUAAAAUAGAACUUAAUAAAGACCAGGUAAGUAAAACAAAUCAAUUAAUCAAAGCAGGUUCAAAUGUAUUUUUCUAGUUUCACUUCUGUACUAACAAAAGAGACUGUUCAAUUACUCAAUACAUUUUUAAUUGUAAAAUAUUUGUGGAUUUUAGUAACACCCACAUAACUUCCUUACUAAACAUGAUUAAUCUCUGUGUUUCAUAGACAUUUUACUUUUAGAAGAAUCAGACUUUAUAUAUGUUUCUGUUAACUAUAUCCUCAGUGAGACAGUGUUAAUAUUGGAGCUGUGAGUCAAUCUGUUGUGUAAUGAACAAUUCUGAUGUGGUCUACCUGUGUGUAUUUGCCUCUGUGGGACCAUAAUACUAAUAAUAUUUUACAUGACCAUACAGUAGUGGUUAUGAGCAUCUCUUGUGCCUAUCUUUUUCCUGUUAGCUGGGACUGCCCUCUGUUAUGCAAGUUUAUAUAAUGAGGGAGUUUCUGCGGAUGAGCUGUAUUGACAAUCGUAAUGUUUGCUACACUGUGAUGAUUUGCACUGUUCAAGGCUCUUGUUGCCAUAUGGAAUGAAGAAAGGGCCAUUGGCUGUGUGUGUGUGUGUGUGUGCCGGUCAUUUUGGAGAGGGGGGUGAGAAUAAACACUACCACUACCUCUCUAUAUGUACAUGUGUACGUUGCUGAGACUAAAAUGAAAUAAAGUUACCCUUAGUUAACCAUA